UCGUAUUCAGAUCAACACUGUGUUCUUUACAAUUUUGCCUUUGUACAUCGUAUCGAAGGCGACGAGGAGUUGAACGGACGCCUCGUCCAACUCGACGAGGUAUUGUCCGAGAUAGAGGAGGGAGGUGGCGGGAGAAGAGGGUUGGAAGAAGGGUGGCGUGCUAUGAUCAGCAUGGAGCUUCCGGCACACGCGACGCAGCAUGGUGCUCUACACCUGGGGGUCGGAGUCGGCGUCAAUCCAGGUGAUGCCGGAAGUGCCCUAGCUGCCAUUCACCCGCAUCCCCAAGACCCUCUAGCCCUCCACCAUCACAAUCACGGCGCUGCAACACCCGGAGAUGACGGCGGCCACGGGAUGAACCAGGACGGUCAUGGCGGAGUCAACCAACUCGGCGGAGUCUUUGUGAACGGAAGGCCCCUACCGGAUGUAGUGAGGCAGAGGAUCGUCGAGCUCGCGCACAGCGGCGUCCGACCGUGCGACAUUUCGAGACAACUCAGGGUAUCUCACGGCUGUGUAUCCAAGAUACUGUCGAGGUAUUACGAGACAGGCAGCUUCAAAGCCGGCGUCAUAGGAGGCUCCAAGCCGAAAGUAGCAACGCCGCCGGUGGUCGACGCGAUCGCUAAUUACAAGAGGGACAAUCCGACCAUGUUUGCGUGGGAGAUUAGGGACAGAUUGCUGGCCGAAGGCAUUUGCUCGCAGGACAACGUGCCAUCCGUCUCUUCCAUCAAUCGGAUCGUGAGGAAUAAGGCGGCAGAGAAGGCGAAGCACGCGCAUCAGCAACAGCAGGCGCAGCAGCAGCAAGGUCAGCAGCAAGGUCAGCCGGGCUCGGGCGGUUCCGUGUCGGUGAUAGCACACGCACCUGCGACAGCGGCAGGUCAUCCCGCUGCCACCGCACCCAACGCCUACAGCAUCAGUGGCAUCCUGGGCAUCCCGGCGCAUCAUCAGGAUCCGAAUGGCAACAGCAUCAAGAGGAAACGCAGCGUCGACGACGAAAAUCGCGACCUGAACGACCAUGCGGAGAACGACUUGAAGAGACAAAGAAGCAACUACAACGGCGAUCAAUUGUAUUCAAACCUGUGGUCGAGUAAAUGGAGCAUCAAGGACGAGCACAAGCUCCUGAGCGAACUCGGCGGCGGUGGAGGCGGUGGGGGCGGCGGUGGCACAAACGGUGGUGGAAACGGCGGCGGCGGAGGUGGUGGCGGCAACAACGGCGGCGGCGGCGGCGGCGGCGGCGGUGGUGGCGGAGGUGGCGGCGGUUACUACGAACACAGCGGAUUCCCCGGGAAUGCUAUUGCCACCUCCGCCGAGCUCUACGACUCCCUGGGCACCAUCAGCACGAUGACGCAGGCGCAAACGCCCCAUCUCUACACUCCGCCCAUAGGGGGCACCAUAGCAGGUGGUACUUUGACGCCGCUCGCGCCACUGACGAUGCAAGAACUAAAAUUGAGCCAAACAUUGGACGGGGCUAACAUGUCUCCUUACCACACCACCGCAGAGAGCAGUACCGUCGCAGUAUCGUAUGUCGGGGUGGGGGCCGGUGGGGGCGAGCAAAGUCCCCCGAUUUCGUUGCAGAACGAGACAAACGCCACCCCCGCGGCCCCCAACACCCCCGGAGGGGAUCCCGGACUGACGGUCUUGCAGCCGCCAGUUUCUCAGCCCCAGGUAGCCUCUGCGAUACCACCGUACUCGACGAUGCUUCCAAGUUUCGGACACUACGCCACCGGUGGCGGCGAUUACGCGUACAGCGCUGCGUACUCCCAGUACUCGAGUGCACCUUAUAGCGGCUACGGUUAUGGAGCAGCGACAAGCGGGUUGCUCAACUCCACGUACUACUACUGCAACGGAGACACGUCCACCCACACGUCGCAGCAGGGUGGUGGUUGCACCGGCGGUGGUCCGGAGAGUAGCGCCGACGUGGCCAGCCGUUCGCCCCUUGCGGCGACCAGGGCUAGCAGCGGAGCUAGCGCGGCCUCGCCGACCGGAAGCGCGUGCACCAAGCCGGACCACACCUCCGUCACGCCGACGGACCUCUAUCUCGCCUGAUGGUCGAACCGCGCGAAUACCGGAGGGAACGGCCUCUGGCCGAGUGUCCUCUCGGCGAUCGGCGGGGAGACGGCGGGCUCGGGCGCCAUAUCACGAAGAGACACCACGUCGAAAUUAAGCAAUGAUCUCUGAUUCAACCGCGAAAUCGGGAAAAACGCGCGGUGAAAGGUUCGCAUGUGGAAUCUAUUCAUCCGAAGGAUCGAGGGCGCAGCGGAAAAAGAUGAAAGGAAGCGCGAGAUUGGAGAGAAAGAUUCGAGAUGGAAAAUCUAGUAAAAUCUAGUGACGUUGAAGAGAUCUUCUAGAAUCUAGACACUCUCUGAAUCUCGUCGCGGAGGAAGGACUUGAGAAUUUUGAUUUGAUAAGCGCGCGAUGUGAUACCAGGUAAAAACGAAGUUGAUGCGAAUGACGUCGAUCAUGUCGACAUUGACGUAUCGAGUUCCCUCGCGUUGCUGCUGUUUCAUGUCGCUACGAGUAUAUAAAUAUCCGUCUUCUGCAUUUUAUUUAUUUCCGUCGUGAUUCGAGAAAAAAACAAUCGUCGAUCGAUCGACUCCGUAAAUUGGCCGGCAAUUAGCGGUGACGCGAGUGGAUCUCGAAGAGCCGAUCGCGUCGAAAACACGACAUCGCCGCGGCUCUCUGGACAGAGCGUGCGGCGAUAGGUAGUUUAAUUUAAUGAUCCUCAGUUAGCGUAAUUUCCGCGCGAUGGUCCACGCGAGCGCGCGCUUGCGUCAGCAAGACGUGGCCCCGCCGCGACCAUGUAAAUAUAUAUAAAUUGAACAUAUAUAAAUAAGAAUACAAAAAUAUAUAUAUAUAUUAUAUAUAUAUAUGAUCCGUGUAAACAAAAAAGUCAAGCGCCCCGAUGGCACGUUUAUUCUCUCCCGUAGGCACGACGAACCCUUCCUCCUCAUCCCUUAAGAGUAUCGUAGAGUAUAACUCGAUAAGUUUGAGAUUUUUAAAUCAGGAGUCGACGUAACGAUCACUACUGUUAAGGAUAUUAUAUAUAUUUUUUGUAGAAACCAAAGACCACACAUAUACACACGCAUACACCCAUCAACACGCACACACAUGCGCGAGUAAAUCCACAAACACAAUGCACGUACAUAUGUCUCACACGCGUACCACCCAUGCACGCAGCACGCACAUCAGGCAUUGAUACACGUAACGCGGAUAGUCGAACGAACGAGCACGUCGCGCAGCGUGCGGCAAAAAGCGUGCCGGUUUUGAGCGGCCUUUCCGCACGGAUAAAUACACGCGUAAUCGCAAGUGGCGUGUACAGGAUCGACGUAGAGUUUCUAAUUAGAAAAGAAAAUCACGAAUUAUAAUAUUUGCGAAAAAUCAAGGAGAUAGCUCUUGAACAAUUUUUGAAAUUUAAAGGUGGCAUUCUCUCUCACCCGAAUAAUUCAUUCAAACGCUCGAUUAAAUUUUUUUUUGUUAAGGUAAGUACGCGAAUCGCAGCAGGAUAUCGAGCACUAUUGUAUGGAGAGCAUUCGUAUUCGUGGUAAUUAGCGCAAGUCGGCGCAUGGACAUUUCCUCGACGGCCCGGCGAUCACGCUCGUUCCUCCGUUCCGUUCGACGCGCUUCCGCUUUGCAGCGGAAGUCGUACUGCUUCCCGCUCGCCGUCGGGCGGAACGCGCCUCGAGAAGAUUAUCACGAAGGCGCAAUUAGCGGCCGGGCGUCGGUGAUUUUUAAUGAGAAAUUACGCUCGCGCGAGAGAGCACGCGCGCGCAGUUUCCCGAUUUAAUAAUCGCGCUAAUCAUUGACGCCUCGGCAGCGGCACGCGCUACCAAUUUCAUGCGUCUCGAAUUAAUUCAGCCAGUCCGCCGCAUAAUAUUGUAGAUCGGAAAUUGCUUGGCGAUACUUAAUCCGACAAUUUCUAGUCACGCACGCGCGCACACACACAUACAUACACACAUGUACACACAAGAUACUCAAGAAAAAAAGUGCGCUAGCGAACAAAAUAUUGCAAUAUGUUUGAGGUAAAUUCAAAGGCAAGUAUCGUCUCUAAUAUUAAACACGUCGAUGUAAAAGACAUAUUUUUUUUUUUUUAUUUCAACUCGUUAGCGUCGAUCCAAAGCGCGCUCGCGAAAUCGAAAUUAUCGAUCCCAGCCAAUUGGCUUAAUUUUCCGAAUCUCUCGCGCGAUGUUCCGUCCGUGUCAAUCGCCUUUCGCCCGAUAAUUAGAUACCGUACUUGCGAGGAUCAAACGUUUUGUCUCCACCGUCUUUUGCUUUACGCUCUUUAGCAACUUAUAUUUUGAUAAAUAAAGGUAAUUAGCGAUCGUACUUAGCGAUUGCAAAUGCAAUCAUUAAAUUGCUAAUCGAAUUAAGGCAAAAAUCGCGAUGUUAUACAAUUAAAACAAUAGGGUGAUACGAAACCGUGCGGGAAGGUAAAAACGUAGAUGCAGAAAAAAAUAUGACGCUGAGAGAUUGCUAUCGUUUCCUUCUUUCGCGCUCUCUAUAAAUCCCGAUGACACAAUAUUCUCAGUUUGGUAUCGCCGAACGGGAGACACAAAGAAAUUUUCAGAAAAGUUCGAGGAGCGAUAUUCAACGCGUGCGAAUACGAAAUGUAUGUUUGCAUCUUGAGUGCAACUAAAUAUCGGCUGGAUGAUUGCGUCCGAUGCUCGGUACGAUUAUCCCGCGAUUGAUUAUUGCGUACUUAUACAUUGUUAUUUUAUUGCUAUUAUUGUAAUGACGCUGAUUAUAUAUAUAAAUUCUUAUUCUAUUUGCUAUUUUCACUAUUUUCAU